CUUCCGGGUGAUGUAACUUCCGGCUGUUACAAGUCCGAGUCCCUAGCGCUCAGGGUUAGAGUGGAUUAUUUAUUAUUGUAUUUAAAAACGUAAUACAAUUAAAAAAGCUUCGUGACUUCCGGGUUGUCUUCCCCGGUCUUUCCCGCUUCUCUGACGGAGUUUCUCCGGAGCUCGGAGCAGAAAUGUCUUCGUUAUGGAGCCUGAGGCCGUUUCUGACGUCACUGUUUCAAGCCUCCCAUCAGGCCUCUGCCUGGACGGGGCCCCUCCUCUCCAGGACGAUGGCCACCCUCAACCAGAUGCACCGGCAGGGGAAGCCCAAACCGCCUCCUAAAGCCGUCGGUGCCACGUUUGGCCGGCCCCAGCUGAAAGCGGUGAUCCUGAAGACCAUGAUCCGAAAGCCCAAGAAGCCCAACUCCGCCAACAGGAAGUGCGCUCGGGUGCGUCUGUCCAAUGGGAAGGAGGCAGUGGUGUUCAUCCCCGGGGAGGGGCACAACCUACAGGAGCACAACGUGGUGCUGGUGCAGGGCGGGAGGACACAGGACCUGCCCGGGGUCAAACUCACCGUGGUCAGAGGCAAAUAUGACUGUGCCCACGUGGUGAAGAAGAAACAGUAGAGUGAGAGAGGGCAGCGUUCAGUCUCAGCUGUUUCAUAAAUGUUUGUGCUCUUUACUUUGCAUCAUCACGGUGACCUUGUCGAAGGUCAAGUCAGAAA